AUGUCUAAGCUUCUAUUUAACGAUGUCAUGGCACUGGCACCGGUUCCGGCACCCUCCAACCGGGUGACCAUCACUGGCGGAGCAGUCAAAAGGUACAUGAGCCUGUAUCCAGCCUGGGUGCCCGGGUCAGAACUCGUAGGUGGCAAAGGUCGCGGGUCCAAAGCCGACCCCCGGGCGGCCUAUGGGGGGCAUGUCUACUGCCAGGCGCCUCUAGCCGCAAGCCGCGCCAUCAAAGAGGAAGAGCCCUCAGGGUCAGGGACCCAGUCAGGGGGGUUCGGGCUCCACGCCAUUCAAGGCGUAUUUUCAGCCGCCGCAAAAUCAGACAGGCCUUUUGUGUAUGAGGUCUCUGUACUCUCGACCAGCCGGACGUUUUGCUCGAGGCUGGUGACAGUACGGCAACCUCGAGAAACGAGCAAAAGAAACGACUACGAAGACAACUUUCUGGCCGAAGACGCAGAGACUGAACUGGGCGAUGUGUGCUUCAGCUGUAUAUGCACCUUCAAGCGACCAGAAGAAGGCCGGGCCAUAUCUCAAGAAGAACCGCCGCAGAAACGCUUCGCCAAUAUUCUCGCAACCAAGUCUCCGAGGGAGUGGCCCCAUGCACCGGCAGUUGACGUGGAAGAGAUCAAGGCUAUGUUUCCGGACAUUGGCGAGACGACCUUUCCCAUCGUUGACAUGCACAAGGUCGACUUAACAACGUACAACGAGGGCAGGCCCGUGACAGAGAGGAGGGAGCUUCUUCUCUACCGUCUAAAGAGCCCGCUACCCGCUGACGACCCAAAUUCGCAUAUCGCCAUUCAUGCAUUCGAGUCUGAUCGCAACGGUCUCCUGAUGAUAGGCAAUCACAAUGGCCUCGGGUGGAAUUUUGGGACAGCGGCAAGCUUGACGUAUAAGUUCGUCGUCCACGUCAACGCUGACCAGGCCGUGAUGAAAGAUCCUUCAGGUCCGGACGAUGGCUGGUGGAUUCAGGAGGCAUCUUUUCCUCGCACUGGCCAGGGGCGAGGGGCCCUCAUGUGUAAGAUGUGGAGUCCUGAGGGUAUUCAUGUCGCUACUGGGUAUCAGGAUGGUAUUGUCAGAGAGAGAAGGGUGGAAGGGGAUAAGCUCAGCGAGCGGCUAUAA